AUGGCUGCAAUUAGUCUGUUAAACCCUAAAGCUGAAUUUGCAAGGGCGGCUCAAGCUCUAGCUGUAAAUAUUUCUGCUGCAAGAGGCAUUCAAGAUGUAAUGAAAACUAACCUCGGUCCUAAGGGUACAAUGAAAAUGUUAGUAUCUGGCGCAGGCGACAUAAAGAUUACCAAGGAUGGUAAUGUGUUGUUACAUGAGAUGCAGAUACAACAUCCAACUGCAUCACUUAUUGCUCGUGCAUCUACAGCACAAGAUGAUGCUACUGGUGAUGGUACUACAUCAACAGUGUUACUAAUUGGAGAAUUGCUGAAGCAAGCGGAAAUUUAUAUUAGUGAAGGUUUACACCCAAGAAUUUUAACAGAAGGAUUUGAUGUUGCCCGUAACAAGGCCUUGGAAGUAUUAGAGUCUAUCAAAAUAUCUAUUGAAAUAAAAAGAGAGAACUUAAUUGAUGUUGCUCGAACAUCCCUUAAAACCAAGGUUCAUGCCAAGCUGGCUGAAAUACUCACAGAUGCAUGUGUAGAUGCUGUAUUGGCUAUUCGUACCCCAGAUAAGCCAGUUGAUCUCCACAUGAUUGAACUGAUGGAGAUGCAACACAAAUCUGCCACUGAAUCCACACUCAUAAGAGGUCUUGUAAUGGACCACGGUGCUCGUCACCCCGACAUGCCGAAACGCGUUGAGAACGCCUACAUCCUUACCUGCAAUGUGUCCCUUGAAUAUGAAAAGACAACUGUUAAUUCUGGCUUCUUCUAUAAAACUGCCGAGGACAGGGAGAAGCUUGUUGCUGCUGAGAGAGAUUUUAUUGAUCAAAGGGUUAAAAAGAUUAUUGCUUUGAAAAAGAAAGUUUGCGACGGCACUAAAAAGUCAUUUGUGGUUAUCAACCAAAAAGGUAUUGAUCCUCUAUCUCUGGAUGCAUUCGCAAAAGAGGGUAUUAUUGCACUACGUAGAGCGAAGAGACGUAACAUGGAGCGUUUGGCCCUUGCUUGCGGUGGAUCUGCAAUGAAUUCAGUGGAUGACCUUACUGAAGACUGCCUUGGGUAUGCUGGAUUAGUGUAUGAACAUAUUCUCGGCGAGGAGAAAUACACUUUUGUAGAGGAAUGCAAAAAUCCCCAGUCUGUGACUAUCCUCAUUAAGGGCCCAAACAAGCACACCUUGGCCCAAAUAAAAGACGCUGUUCGUGACGGCCUGCGUGCCGUCAAUAAUGCAAUUGAAGAUAAGGCGGUAAUACCGGGCGCAGGAGCUUUUGAAAUUAAAGCCAAUAUGGAACUCCAAAAAUACAAAGACUCUGUGAAAGGCAAAGCCCGUCUUGGUAUUCAGGCAUACGCAGAGGCACUGCUCAUAAUACCUAAAAUGCUCGCUGUUAACUCUGGCUAUGAUGCUCAAGAUACAAUUGUUAAACUGCAAGAAGAGUCACGUUUGAGUCCUGAUCCAGUUGGCUUAGAUUUGAGCACAGGUGAAGCAAUCAAACCGGCAGAUUUGGGUAUUUUAGAUAAUUAUGUUGUCAAAAAGCAAAUCAUCAAUUCUUGCUCCGUUAUAGCCAGCAACCUCCUCCUUGUGGAUGAAAUUAUGAGAGCUGGUAUGAGCAGUCUUAAAGGUUGA